AUGGAUCUGCGCUCAACGGUCGUCACCGCAGCACUUACUUGGACUGGUGAAACGUUUGAGAAAAACGUACAAAUACGAAUCGAUGCGAAUGGCCAGAUAGUGGAUAUUGGCAAAGAAAUUGUCAACUCAAACGAAACACUCACUGAUUUGGGAUCAAAGGUGUGGGAAGUUUCAUUCAUUUCAUUGGAUCUGAAUUACGUUUCCACCUCAGCUUGA